GCCAGCGGUAUCGCGUCGGCCUCUCUCUCACCAUAUGUGCCCAGGCGCGUGUGGAUGUGGCUGGCCGGGCCCUGCGCAAGGAAAGAGACCCAGACCUCUGAGAGACGGUUGCGAGCGCAGCCAUGGGCAAGAAGCAGAAAAACAAGAGCGAGGAAAGUGCCAAGGAUGAUAUUGACCUUGAUGCUCUUGCUGCUGAAAUAGAGGGUGCAGGUGCUGCCAAGGAACAAGAGCCUCAGAAGUCUAAAGGCAAGAAGAAAAAGGAGAAGAAGAAACAAGAAUAUGAUGAAGAUGAUAUUUUGAAAGAGUUGCAAGAGCUGUCUGUAGAGGCACAAGGAGGGAAAGCUGAAAGAGAACCAGCUGCAAUAAAGACAGAGAACAACAAUGAAGAAUUUAACUUCUCAAAACAAGAUAAAAAAAAGAAAGGAAAGAACAAAAAGUCCAGCUUGGAUGAUGAUGAGGACAGUGAAGAAAUGGAGGACAAAGAGAAAAAGUCUAAAAAGGCCCCCAAAUCCCUGAAGGAAGCUUCCUCUGGCAGUGAGGAUGAUGACUUUGAUUCCUCGGUUAAGAAAAAAAAAGCAAAACCUCAAAAAUCAAAUAAGAAACAGGAGCUUUCUGAAGACGAUGAAUUUAUCAUCAUUAAGAAAAGCAAAGAGCAUGUACAAGCAGCAUCCUCUGGUGAGAGUGGUGAUGAAUUAGAUGAAGGCUCAGAGUUGAAAAAAGGACAGAAGAAAAAUCAGAAGGCAAAGCUCGUUGCUGAGCCUGAAAGUGGGGAUGAAGAUGUGGAAUCUUCAUUCAAAAUAAAAACAGUGGCUCAGAAGAAGGCAGAAAAAAAAGAACGAGAGAGGAAAAAGCGUGAAGAGGAAAAAGCCAAACAGAGGAAACAGAAGGAAAAAGAAGAUUUGGAAGCCAAUAAAGAACAGGCGAAGCAAAAGGAGAUUCUAAAGAGAGCUGAAAAAGAAACAGUUUCAGAAUCAGUGUCAGCAUCUAGUACUGUGGAAAAGGGAGAGGCUUCAAUUGUAGCAGAAGCUGAUGAUAAUGAAGGAGAGAAAAAGAAGAAAGAGAAAGAUAAAAAGAAAAAGAAGGGAGAGAGAGAAGAAAAAGAAAAAGAGAAGAAAAAAGGUCCCAGCAAAGCCACCGUUAAAGCAAUGCAAGAAGCGUUGGCUAAGCUGAAAGAGGAGGAGGAAAGGGCAAAGAGGGAGGAAGAGGAGCGUAUAAGACGACUUGAGGAGCUAGAAGCGAAGCGCAAAGAAGAGGAACGCUUGGAACAAGAAAGGAAGGAAAGGAAGAAACAAAAAGAAAAGGAGAGGAAAGAGCGUUUGAAGAAGGAGGGAAAGCUUUUAACUAAAUCUCAGAGAGAAGCUAGAGCCAGAGCAGAAGCUACUCUUAAACUACUGCAAGCUCAGGGUGUUGAGGUGCCAUCGAAAGAUUCUGUGCCAAAAAAAAGGCCAAUAUAUGAAGACAAAAAGAAAAAGAAGCAACAGCAGCAGCAGGAAAACAAAGAAGAAAUUAUGGAGUUGACUUCCCCAGCUGAAGAAACUGUAGAACAAGUUCCGCCAGUAAAAGAGGAGAUUACUCUUCCAGCAGAACCAGUUUCAGAAGAGAAAGAGGAGGAGGAACCUGAAGACCCGGGCUUAGAUGACUGGGAAGCUAUGGCCAGCGAUGAAGAGAGAGAGAAGGAGAGGAAAACAGUCCACAUUGAAGUCAAGGAACAAAAUGAAGAAGAUGACGAUGAAGAUGAUGAAGACGAGGAUGAGGAUGAGAGUGAAGAGUAUGAAGAUGGGGAAAGUGAGGGGAGUGAAGAUGAGAAGACUUCAGAUGAAAGAGAAACAGAACCUCAAGCUGCUGGAAAACCAUCUGUAGAGAAAAAGCUAAACAAAGAACUAAGCUCUGAUUCAGAAUAUGAUUCAGAUGAUGAUCGCACUAAAGAAGAACGUUCUUAUGACAAAGCUAAACGGCGAAUUGAGAAACGUCGUAUUGAAAACAAUAAAAAUAUAAAUACUGAGAAGCUACGAGCACCUGUUAUCUGUGUGCUUGGACAUGUAGAUACAGGGAAGACAAAAAUCCUAGAUAAGCUUCGUCAUACUCAUGUGCAAGACAGUGAAGCAGGCGGCAUCACUCAGCAGAUUGGGGCAACUAAUGUUCCCCUUGAGGCCAUUAAUGAACAAGCAAAGAUGGUGAAGACUUUUGACAGAGAGACUGUCAAGAUUCCGGGAAUGCUGAUUAUUGAUACUCCAGGACACGAAUCUUUCAGCAAUCUUCGAAACCGAGGAAGCUCGCUAUGUGAUAUUGCAAUUCUUGUAGUUGACAUCAUGCAUGGUUUGGAGCCACAGACUAUUGAAUCUAUAAACCUGCUGAAAUCUAAAAAAUGUCCAUUUGUAGUUGCCCUCAACAAGGUUGAUAGGUUAUAUGACUGGAAAAAGAGUCCUGAUACAGAUGUAGCUGCUACUUUGAAGAAGCAGAAAAAAAACACCAAGGAUGAAUUUGAGGAGCGUGCGAAAGCUAUCAUAGUGGAGUUUGCCCAGCAGGGCCUGAACGCUGCCUUGUACUAUGAAAAUAAGGAUCCCCGCACCUUUGUUUCUCUGGUUCCUACCUCUGCACAUACUGGAGAUGGCAUGGGAAGUCUCAUAGCUCUUCUUGUUGAAUUGACACAAACCAUGUUAAAUAAGAGACUGGCACAUUGCGAAGAGCUGAGAGCUCAGGUUAUGGAGGUCAAAGCACUUCCUGGUAUGGGUACUACAAUAGAUGUAAUUUUAAUUAAUGGACGUCUGAGAGAAGGCGAUACCAUUAUAGUCCCUGGAGUAGAAGGUCCCAUAGUAACACAGAUAAGAGGUCUUCUGCUACCUCCACCCAUGAAAGAACUGCGAGUGAAGAAUCAGUAUGAAAAACACAAAGAAGUUAUUGCUGCACAAGGAGUAAAGAUUCUUGGAAAGGACUUGGAGAAAACAUUGGCUGGUUUACCCCUGCUUGUAGCCUACAAAGAUGAUGAAGUUUCAGUUCUUAAAGAUGAAUUAAUACACGAACUGAAGCAAACACUGAAUGCCAUAAAGUUAGAAGAAAAGGGUGUUUAUGUCCAGGCAUCCACUCUGGGUUCUUUGGAGGCAUUACUUGAAUUUCUGAAAACAUCAGAAGUGCCAUAUGCUGGAAUUAAUAUUGGUCCUGUUCAUAAAAAAGAUGUUAUGAAGGCAUCAGUUAUGUUGGAGCAUGAUCCUCAGUAUGCAGUAAUCUUGGCAUUUGAUGUGAGGAUUGAACGAGAAGCCCAGGAAAUGGCUGAUAGUUUAGGAGUUAGAAUUUUUAGUGCAGAAAUUAUCUACCACUUAUUUGAUGCCUUCACAAAAUACAGGCAAGACUACAAAAAACAGAAACAAGAGGAAUUCAAGCACAUAGCAGUAUUUCCUUGUAAGAUGAAAAUACUUCCUCAGUUUAUUUUUAAUUCUCGAGAUCCCAUAGUGAUGGGAGUCAUUGUGGAAGCAGGUCAGGUAAAACAAGGAACUCCCAUGUGUGUACCUAGUAAAAAUUUCAUUGAUAUUGGAAUAGUUACAAGUAUUGAAAUAAAUCACAAACAAGUGGAUGUUGCAAAAAAAGGCCAAGAAGUCUGUGUGAAAAUAGAAUCUAUUCCUGGUGAGGCACCUAAAAUGUUUGGGCGACAUUUUGAAGCAACAGAUAUGCUUGUUAGCAAAAUUAGUCGUCAGUCCAUUGAUGCCUUGAAGGACUGGUUCAGAGAUGAAAUGCAGAAGUCUGACUGGCAGCUUAUUGUGGAGCUAAAGAAAGUAUUUGAAAUCAUCUGAGUUCUGUUAAGCAAUGGGCAAUGGCUAGCAUAAACCCACGAUUCCUAUUACAAAAAUCACCAACAGCUUACAAGAAAUGUGCUGUUGGAUCUAAUUAACAUCUGGGGAAAAAUGUGGAUAAUGUUUUCCAUGAGAAACCAAGUAACUUACACUGGUUUGACAGUGGUCAAUUUACAUGCCCCUGUGGUUCCAAUGUGCCUGUGCACCUUUCUCAGUCCUCCCCUUUAUACUGGCUACUGUUUUAAAGUUUGCCCUUCCCAACUCGCAUCCCAAAAAUAGAAAGAUUAAAUUUUUUAUUACAACCUCAGCUUUCACUUUUAUACUAGUAAGAUCAGUACUGCAGUCUUUGAUUAACCAACCCCCUGCAGACUUUGUGAUUCUUGGACAUCUUUUGAUGUAAGAAAUGUUUAUUUAUGCAUACUUCUUUCCCUAUUGAUUUUUCAACGUUCUUCUGCUUUGUGCCUAUAGAAAUUUAAGGUAGAAAAAUUAGGUAAUUGGGCAUCUGUAUUUGCUUUGUGAACAAUGAUGUAAAGCAUAGUUGGCUGCCUUUUGCUGCUUGUACAGUUCAUGAAAUUUGACAGACUGUAAUCAUUAAUGCUGAGUUGAAAAUAAAGGAAAUGGACAUUA